GUGGAGUUGUAGAAGACGUGUUGAAAAGACGAGCAUUUCACGGGUUUUGAUUGACAGGAAUUGGAUGCCGCAGUAAUUUCUCCCGUGUUCCGCGCCAUUGGAGGCACACUGCCGACUGGGCAAUAAACGAUCGACUCGCAGCAACAAACGACAUAAUGUGAUGUUAGUUGCAAUAUGAGUCAAAACAGUCAGUCGAUGAUGUUGACAAUUGCUCGCCCCUGUGUCUGACAGUCUGUCUAUGACUGACACACCUACUCUUCCAAGUAUGAAGUAAAUUUGUCAUCAUGUGGUGUAUUAAUGGAGUUUAACAACAGAAAACACUCAAGCCAGGAACAUGAAGCUCUGACAAAUCUGAUACUUCAACUUCAACGAGUUUGCAAUUAACUAUCCACACCGACACUCCAAUUGCAAACUCCAGCUGAGGAAAGAGUGUACACUCCGCUGAAAUGCGUUUCCAUGAAACGCGUCAAGAGCAGACCAUUGCUUCUUAAUCAGUUGUCGUGGCAACCAUCCUGUGGACUUGUAUGAGUGGCACAUUGAAUUCAUCAGCAGUUUUUUGUUUCGGUUUAUCAUGAUGGACUUGAAGGAUAACAUAACAACGGCAGUGCCACCUCCCGAAGGAGGCGGAGUUUUACCAACAGGUGGAGGAGACGGUGGGAGUAGUGGGGAGGAGAAUGGGCAGCCAACAUCUGGAGACCAGACGACCAUUCCAGUCGCAGCGUCAGCCGCCAGCCUCAUCCUGGUCUUAGUCGCACUUGUCUUGUGGUACUUCUUAGUGAGAGGGCAACUCCGUAAAAAGUCCUUUGAUCAUCAGCGCAGUAACAGCCAUCAAAGCCACCAUAGUCAUCAAGGAAGUAUGAGAGAUUCAAACAGCAGACAUGGUAGCCUUGGUUCAUCUCACGGCACACGUUCCCAUGGCAACUCGCCCCGUAGCCAUCGCAAAAACGGUAAUGGGUCUCCCCGGUCGAAACGAAACUCAAGGUGCACUUGUCAAUUUGAGGCCUGCUCGUGUUCAGUGAGGUCCUCGGACUCGCCGCUUCUUAAAAAUUCCCCGAAGAGUUCCCGCAACUCUGGAUCUGAAUGUACUGGAACAUCACCAUUCUGCCCCCACUCAAGUAAGUUUAGACUGCAUAAGUUAGACAUUCAUAUGCGAGAUUCUAUGGACUCGGAUUUUCAUCCCGAUGAGGAGAACACUGCAGGCCCAUCAUGUUCAUCUCGAAACAGUCAAGCAUGCACAUGCAAUGCAGUCCAAGACAAUGAUGUCGUUGUAAAUAUUGAUGCAGUGGUUCUUUCUGAUGGAUCACAGUCAAAUGGGGAUAUCGGGGAAGCCUGUGCUCCUCAAGUGAACUGUAACAACGCCGCAGAUUGCUCCUGCACAUGUCGGCCAGUCGUUAGCCAUGCACAUUGUACGUGUCGAGUUAUCCAUAACCCGCUUGAUAACAACCGUGUGCGGAAUCCAAAACUUGGCCUGAACUACAGUGCACCAACUCUUAUAGGUAGCAGCAGUGAGAGUGACUUUCCUGGUGCUGAAGCAUUGUGAGCAUUGAAGACUACAACGCCUACCUUAUAAAGCUGUCUUUAGGAAGAAGUUUAUUAUACAUCCUAGGAAUUCCAGACAGUGUUUCGCAAAGAAAAAAUGGCAUAAGGACAGGGUGGAUAUAAUCCAGUAAUGAUGUAUCCGUUUGAAGAUCAACAAAGCCCAGGAAAGGGUUCUAUGACAUGUUAUUUAUGGCUGCUUGUUUUGAUAACUUCUCAUAGGUAUUAUUGUAAGAAAUCGAUGAGUGUAAUUUGCCAUGGCUUCAGCUUGUCAAAACAUGUCAUGAUGACGUCAUGUUAACUUUGAUGUGCUGUUACUUGUCAUGGCUUUAUUAAGAAUAAGACUUGUCAUGACAUUGAUUUGGUUGUGGCUUUGAUUGUGACAUUGAAGUAUCAGUGACACUAAAGUACCUUUGGAUACCAUGGCUUCGGCCUGCUAUGUCAUGAAGAUGUCAUGAUGUCGUUAACCUUGGUGUGUCUAGGCCAUAAGUUUGUCAUCGUGUCACUGAUGAAUGUCACUUGUCAGGGCUUUAUUUAGAAUGUGACUUGUCACGACAUUGAUUUGGUUUUUGAUUGUGACAUUGAAAUGUCAAUGAGAUUAAAUCGUCUUUGGAUGCAUUUUAUUUUUGCUUUGAUUUAUCCUGAUAACCAGGACUUGAUUUAUAAAAUUUUCAAAGACUGGGUUGGACGCUAAGGUCCCCCACCAUCUUUCACUCUGUCUUCAUCUGGUAAUGUAAGCCUGCUGUAAUCUUUAUGAUGUUUUUCAUUGUUAGUUAGUUUCUUAAACACACCCAGUCUUUCGAUGUUAACUGCACUUUAGACAUGCUCUCACAGUUUUUUUCUUGUAAAACUACUCAAGUGUCCCACUUUGUUGAAUACAGUACAGUGUGCCAUCAGGGUUUUCCCUUCAUGAGGCCAUACAUUACAAUUUAUGGAAAGAUAAUGCCGACCAUCCUUUGCAAUGUAGUACACAAACUUUACAUUCUGGAAGUAAGGAAAUGACAAAUAUUGUUGGAUAUUUUUAUUGUGGGCUCGUGGAUACCAAUGAUUUUAUAUGCAAUGCUUAUAAAUUGCUUCUCAGCCUAAUCAUUUUCACAUUAAUGUGAUUACUUGUUGAUGCCUUGUCUUUAAAACCCUCGUAUGGGAAAACUUGGUGAUGUUGUAGAAUGUGAAUUUUCUGAGCUGGAAAGGCCCUUUUUUCUGAUGCCUUUUUGUUUGUGUUGAUCAAUGCUAUGCACUUGGGGCAAAGUUACCCUUUUUGCAAUCUGCACUGCACUGCACAAAUUUCUCUUUUUUGUAUUCAACUGAUAGAAAAUAAACUUUGUUAUGAUGUUUGUAUGCCUACUUAUGUACAGAUUUGAAUGCAUGAUGAAAUUCUUUCAGAGUAUAAACAUUUUUGUCUUCUGCAGAGUUUUUGGAGAAUUCAUCACACGAGCCACUCUUUCACAUUUUCAGCCAACGAAAGCUGUGGGAGACUUGUGGCGGUCUUAAAAAAAACAAUGAUUUUAAUCUGAAUAAAUUGAGCUUUCUAAAUGUCUGUAUGAAGCUAAUGGUAAUAAGUGAAGCAAUGGUUGAAGCAGUCUAUACAAGCCUAACAUUUUAAUAAAGUCACAGGCUUUUGUAAGUGUUGAAAAUGUUUUCUCUUGCCUGUGACACUAUGAUUGUAUCACAAUGGGCAUGAGUUCCAAGAAUAUAUACAAAGUUUACCUGCAAAGUUUAUUCACAUGUUUACGCUGAUGAUGAUUUUUCUUUGUUUUCCUUCUUUUUUCUUGCCAUACAAAACUAAAAAACCGCUGUAUUGUGCUCAACUUGUUCCUAUCUUAUUUUGUAUAUUUAUUUACCAAGUUCCGUACUAGCUAGAAGAAAAGGGGCAAGUUUUGAGUCACUGAUUGACUGCAUGAGGAGAUGUGUUGAGAUUUUCAUUUUAUAUUAUCAAUAGCUGAUUUGAACAUAUCAAGUCAAAACAAUAAUUUACUACUGAAGAAAUAAACAUCAACUGCCUCUGGCUAAAAGUGAUCUAUUUUUUACAGACACACUAUCCACCUUGAAUCAUAAGAUCUUUGCCAUUUUACUGUGGUCAUUGAACAAACUGUGAAAUGUUUUGGGUGUUUUUCUUAGAGGGGUAGGCUUAUAACAUGAAGUAUUUCCUUUAAUAUUCAAAUGAAUGUAUUAAAAUCAACCUAUGGACUUCAUCACAGUAUAUUCUCACUCG